AGGUUAUGGAAAGUAAUACUUAUACUAGACCUUAAGAGUUACGCGUUUACUAUAAAAAAAGUUAAGUACCUUAGCUAUAUUAUAGAGGUAGGGGCCCAGGUCUAUCUAGACCUUGAAAAGCUAGUUACUAUCUGUGACUUCCUAGGGUUUGCUAACUUCUACCGAGACUUUAUCCCUAACUUUUCUAGGCUGAUAGAACUCUUGAUAUAG